AUGUGGAUUCCUCCAGGUGCCCUCGCAUCGUCGACUGGAGGGGUGAAAUCCCAGAACAGCGCAGACAGAAUUUCGCCUUCGGAAAUUGGCUACAAAGCAGGCAAAUCGAAUUUCUCGCGAAAGGUCAGACCCUUCCUCCGAGAGGACCAUGAGGAGAGGUCAUCCGCGGCCCGCCCUAGAGCCAUAACGAAACACUUCUUCGACACUGGCCCCAAUGUCCGGACGACAGUUGGUUGCGACAGGAAAAAUUAUAGGAAGACCAAAUCAAGAAAGGUUUAUCAUCCGCCGAUGGAGAAUCAGACGUGUCCUGGGUUGACACUUGAAGAGCCACAAUCUCCUUCCUUUCCCCCGCGUGCCCGGGAACGGGUCGAUGACCCGAUUUUCCCGUUCGCUCGAGUUCGAGCCACAUUUUUCAUGCCUUAUCUACGUCACCGUGCUUCUAUACGCAGCGAAAAGAUUAACAUCGUAGUUGCCAUACCGCAAGAUGCCGAAGAUCGCCCUGAGCCGCUUGAAUUGUGGUGUAGUUCAGAGCUCAGAGCCCCUGGACAGGGUCAAAGAUUGCCAGGCUAUCUUUACAUGACGCUCGAGCCUCGCAACGGCGGGGAGCCUGACUACAACUUGCACCAUCGGAACUCGCCCGCAAGAUGGAACAGAAUCUACCAGGUCGUUAUCCUAGAGUAA